UAAAUUUUGAUUGGCUUGGGUAAUAAAUGGUGGUUGUCGUGGUGCAUGAUUUUGCUACUGUCGACUGUCAAUUCGUCUGAAAGUGGCAACGUCAUUGUAGCUCUGUAAUAUUUAACGAUUAUUCUGUGUGUGAUACAGCAUUUGUGCGAAAGUUAUUACAGAAAUAGUACAGCACAAGUGCUAGUUUAAUUUUAGUUUAAUUAUCGAAUAAAAUGGCGGAAGGUAAAAGCCCCGACGAUUUAGCGACUGCGAUCUUACGUCGUAAAGAUCGCCCCAAUCGUCUUUUAGUCGAAGAAGCAGUCAACGAUGAUAAUUCCGUCGUGGCUCUAUCGCAGGCGAAAAUGGAUGAGUUGCAACUUUUCCGUGGUGAUACCGUCCUUUUGAAAGGAAAACGGCGAAAGGAGACCGUCUGCAUCGUCCUCUCCGAUGACAGUUGUCCGAACGAAAAAAUUCGAAUGAAUAGAAUCGUUCGUAACAACUUGCGAGUUCGUUUAUCGGAUGUUGUUUCGGUGCAGCCGUGUCCCGAUGUCAAGUACGGGAAAAGGAUUCACGUGCUUCCAAUUGAUGACACCGUGGAAGGUUUAACGGGAAAUUUAUUCGAUGUAUACUUAAGACCAUACUUUUUGGAGGCUUAUCGUCCCAUACAUAAAGAAGAUAUAUUCAUAGUCCGCGGUGGUAUGCGAGCUGUAGAAUUUAAAGUAGUGGAGACCGAUCCAGCGCCUUACUGCAUUGUUGCACCUGACACCGUUAUACAUUGCGAUGGAGAUCCAAUUAAACGUGAAGAGGAAGAAGACGCCUUAAACGCAGUGGGUUAUGACGACAUUGGUGGUUGUAGAAAACAAUUAGCACAAAUUAAAGAAAUGGUGGAAUUACCUUUACGUCAUCCUUCACUGUUCAAAGCAAUUGGUGUGAAACCACCUCGCGGUAUCUUACUGUACGGUCCACCCGGCACAGGAAAAACUUUAAUCGCUAGAGCGGUUGCGAACGAAACAGGGGCAUUUUUCUUUUUAAUUAACGGUCCCGAAAUUAUGAGCAAGUUGGCGGGCGAAUCCGAAAGCAAUUUGCGCAAAGCUUUCGAAGAAGCUGAUAAAAAUUCGCCCGCUAUCAUAUUCAUCGACGAAUUGGAUGCGAUAGCGCCCAAGCGUGAGAAAACUCACGGCGAAGUGGAGCGUCGUAUCGUGUCUCAACUUUUAACUCUGAUGGAUGGCAUGAAAAAGAGUUCGCAUGUGAUUGUAAUGGCAGCCACGAAUCGUCCCAAUUCGAUCGAUCCAGCUUUACGUCGAUUUGGACGGUUUGAUAGAGAAAUUGAUAUCGGCAUCCCAGAUGCGACGGGCCGCUUAGAAGUGCUACGUAUUCAUACCAAAAAUAUGAAGCUGGCCGACGAUGUGGAUCUUGAGCAGAUCGCCGCGGAAACUCACGGUCAUGUCGGUGCAGAUCUUGCUUCUUUGUGUUCGGAAUCUGCGCUUCAACAGAUCCGAGAGAAGAUGGAUUUAAUCGAUUUGGAGGACGAUCAAAUUGACGCUGCAGUAUUGAACUCGUUAGCCGUCACAAUGGAGAACUUCCGUUAUGCGAUGACAAAGAGCAGUCCUAGCGCAUUGAGAGAAACCGUGGUAGAAGUUCCUAACGUUACAUGGGAUGACAUUGGUGGAUUGGAAAAUGUAAAGAAAGAGUUACAAGAGCUUGUUCAAUAUCCCGUUGAACAUCCAGACAAAUUUCUUAAAUUUGGUAUGCAACCAUCGCGUGGUGUGUUGUUUUAUGGGCCACCAGGUUGCGGUAAAACUUUGUUAGCUAAAGCUAUAGCAAAUGAAUGCCAGGCAAAUUUCAUAUCAGUAAAAGGUCCAGAAUUGCUGACAAUGUGGUUUGGUGAAUCUGAAGCUAACGUUCGUGACAUAUUCGAUAAGGCAAGAUCUGCUUCUCCUUGUGUGCUUUUCUUUGACGAGUUAGAUUCUAUUGCCAAAUCAAGAGGGGGUAACGUAGGAGAUGCAGGUGGUGCAGCGGAUCGCGUGAUCAAUCAAAUCUUAACGGAGAUGGAUGGUAUGGGUGCAAAGAAAAACGUUUUCAUCAUUGGAGCGACAAAUAGACCUGAUAUUAUUGAUCCAGCUAUUCUGCGACCAGGACGUUUAGAUCAGCUGAUUUAUAUUCCACUGCCAGAUGAGAAAUCACGCGAAGCUAUCUUUAAGUCAAAUUUGCGGAAAUCUCCAGUCGCUCGUGAUGUCGACCUUGGUUAUAUAGCUAGAGUUACCCAUGGCUUUUCUGGUGCUGAUUUAACAGAAAUUUGUCAGCGCGCUUGUAAGCUUGCUAUCCGCCAAAGUAUUGAAUCCGAAAUUCGCAGGGAAAGAGAAAGGGCUACUAACCCCAACAGUGCUGCAAUGGAUCUCGAUGAAGAAGAUCCAGUACCGGAAAUCACAAGAGCACAUUUCGAGGAGGCGAUGCGGUUCGCUAGACGUUCUGUUUCAGACAACGACAUACGUAAAUAUGAAAUGUUCGCACAAACUCUACAGCAGUCACGAGGUUUUGGAACUAACUUCCGUUUUCCUACCGGCAGCGGUGGUCAGCCAACGCCUUCCAUCACUGCUGGCGAUCAGGGUAAUUUCCAAGAUGAUCCAGAUGAUCUAUAUAGUUAAGCGCAGGUUGAG